AUGAGACUGGAGCCCUUCAGAAGCAGCGAGAUCAUCCCGCACCGGCUGCUGGAGAGAGUUUCCAUCCAAGGGUGUGGGCUAAACACCAUCCCUCCUUGUAUCGUCAGCUUGAAGCUGCUGACGUCGCUGGAUUUGUCGUGGAAUGGGAUACGAUCUCUGCCUUCGAGCAUCAAGAUGAUGAAGUCUCUCCGUUGGCUGGACGUUUCCUUCAACUGCCUCACGCAUGUGCCCGAGGACAUCGGCAAACUGACACAACUGCAGACCUUGAAGCUAGGCGACAACUUCCUGUACCGACUGCCAGCCUCGCUGGAUGGACACUUCUUCCGGCUCAGCCAGCUGCACGCGCAGUACAACGAUCUCUCACGAGUGCCGAGACAAAUCUUUCAGAUCCCGAGCUUGACAUACCUGGAUCUGCGGGGAAACUCGAAACUCCCGGGUAUGAUCCAUCAAGCCAGCACGUCAACAGCAGAUGUUGUAAGGGCAUUGAGAGAGGAAGAAGGAGAUAUGUCGGCAAGGUCGUUGUCGGAUGCCAACAUCGUGCGCAAGCUCAUCAGGGAAAUGAGACCAAAUCUGCUCGGGCUGUUCAAUCGACUGUCAGCUGAAAUCGAUGAGGACGAGCGGUGA